AUGUCGACCCAUAGCAACGGGAAAAAGAGGAAGUUUGUUGCCCUUCCCCGGAAGACCUUCCUCGGGCAGACGAAUGCAGACUGGUACAUCUAUUGGAUCUGCGGCGUAGCGUCUAUUGCCAACAUUUUUCAGGGAUUCGACUCGGGCAUCUACUCCAUUAUCAUCUCUGAUCAACGCUUCAUCGACUAUUUCAAUGUUGCUGGGGCACGGGCUGGUGUCGUGACCUCGAUGAUCAAUCUCGGCAAUGUGAUCGGAAACCUGUUUGUAGCAUGGUGGUUCAUCUGGUACACCGGUCGUCGGAUGGCUUUCGCUUUAGGAACCAUAGUUCUUCUGGUCGGCGUUGCAUUACAAGCCGGAGCAGUUUCCUUUGCUAUGAUUGUUAUUGGCCGCAUCAUUUCGGGUAUUGGUACUGCAGUCAUCGGCACAAAUCUUGCGGCAUAUCAAGCAGAAGUUUCUUCGCCGGCUGUGAGAGGCCGAGUAGUCUCCUUCGUCCAGCUUUCGUAUCAGAUCGGCGUUCUUAUCUCCUACUGCGUUGGCCUGGGUACCGUCAAGAUUGCUGGUCAAAAUUCCCGGAGGACCGCCACGGCUCUUCAAUGUAUCCCAGGAGUUAUCUUGAUCCUUGCAUCCUCCACCAUUCCGGAGAGCCCUAGGUGGUUGUUAGAGAGACGGCCUGACACGCCUGAGCGAGCGCUGCGUGAACUCUCAAAGCUCCGUUUACUUCCUGGAGAUCAUCCUGACGUACAGGCUGAGUUUCUGGAUAUGGUAGCUGCUCGAGAGUAUCGAAUGGAACAUCAGGGCGAUCUUUCGUGGUCGGCAUUCUCGUCGCAAUACGCCGUUUGGAGGCGUCUCGCAUAUGGAAUGGCUACAAUGGCAUUGGGUCAGAUUUCCGGGGUCGGGGCAUUGAUGAUUUAUGGCGUAUUGAUCUUUGAGAGCCUGGGAUUCUCCUCCGGAACGAUGUCUCUUUUGCUCAAUGUCGUAUCCGGUGUUCUGUGUCUUCUGGCAACUCUGGUCACCACGACUGGGGUGGAUAAGUGGGGUCGUAGAAUCACGUUACUGGCCGGGUCUGCGCUGAUGGUCCUCAGUCAUAUCAUCAUCGCGGCUCUUUCUGAUGCUUUCCCGGCCGAUAGUGAUCCAAAUCGAGGAGCAGCCAUUGUUGAGGUUAUUUUCAUUUACGUCAUCGAAAUGGCCUACAGCGGAGCACUGGGGCCGACGGCCUGGAUUUAUGCCAGUGAGAUCUUCCCGACUCAUCUACGCGAUAAGGGCGUCAAUAUCUCUCAGGCAGCGCAGCAGACAACGACCCUUUGGAUCAAUCAAGCGUGGCCCGUCAUGUUUGCUACUGUUGGCCAUAACGCUUACUGGAUCCUGGUUGGCAUAAACAGCCUCGGUUUCUUGAUGGUGCUAUUCUUCUGGCCAGAAACCAAAGGUGUCAGUCUGGAACACAUGGAGAAGAUUUUUGGAGAAGUCGAUCAGGUGGACGCAUUUAAGGGCGAGCAUCAUUGGACAAAUUCGGAGGUCGUGGAUCGGAUGGUUGACAAAGCAACUGAGCAACACUUGGAAGACGUGGUCAAAUGGAAGGAAACCGAGCGUAGUGUCGCUGAAUAA